AUGUCAUCAGCAGCAGUUAAUGUUACAAAUGACUGUUCGCCGAUUUUGAUUCCUAGUAGUACGCCGCCGAAUGCAACAAUUAAUACAGGUUCAGAAUUACCACCAAUAUCUGAGACAACUUCACCGCCUGCAAAUCAAGAUGAAGUAGGGAGACCAGGGGCAAUAUCAACAAAUCUACCAUGGAACUCAAAUCGAUAUAUAAGUGAAUGGAACAGUGAUGAAGUAUUGAGAUGGUUUCAAUCGCGUGGACUUAAUAAGUCAUAUGAAUGUUUGUGUGCUCCAGAUGAAGUUAUAACUGGUAAAACUUUAGAAGAAAUGUUUAAAAUGAAACAGAAAAAUUAUGGAAGUUACCGAGCUAAUUAUCCAAAUAAUCUAUCAAAAGAUUUCCAUCAAUUCGAACAAUUGCUUGAUUCAUAUUUUGUUGCUAAACGUAUACAUCGAUUUGAUGUUGCCGUCUCAUUUGCAGGUGAAAGACGCGAUCGGGUUAGGCAAAUAGCGGACAAACUCUGUGUGAAAAUUAAAAGACCAGAUGCAAAGGAACGGAUAUUUUAUGAUUAUAAUCAUCAAGCUGAAUUGGCUCGUCCAGAGUUAGAUCUUGAAUUAGAAAGAAUAUAUCGAUAUCAAACAAGAUUGAUCGUCGUUUUUAUGUGUAAUGCUUAUUCACGUAAAAAAUGGUGUCGUUUAGAAGAACGUGCUAUACGUGGUCUAUGGGUAGCGGGUCAAAAAGAUCGGAUUAUGUUAUUAUCAGUCGAUGGAACAAUAACCGAACCUUUUUCAGAUCUUGGUGGAUAUAUGGAUAUUUCAGAAAAGAGUGAUGAUGAUGUUGUAGAUGCUAUUUACAGUCGUUUAGAAGCUCUUGACGAUCCAUUGUCGUCAUCACAAUCAUCACAUACGUCAACACAACAACCAAUAUUAGAAGGCGUGCUAUCAAAACGUAUUGAGAUUUUGAGAAAUGUUCUUCGUUCAGUAUCACCAUGGUAUAUUAUAAUUGUGUUAUUAUCAUACAUUUUAGGUACUAUUAUUGGACGUUAG